AUGGAGUCGGAAAUUGGGAAAUUGCAAAAUUUGCAAACCAAAAUACCGCCGAAGAAUUUCUCAAUCGAAUCGAUAGUCGGUAUCGAUAGACGAUCGCCGGAGAUCGACAUUGAAAACAAUAUAUCUCAAGAUUAUACAAAUUCUGAAGAUGACGAUGUGAAAAGAGAUCGAUUUUUCUAUCAGAAUCGUGUAAAUUUCCCAUUUUUUAUGUCGUAUGACAAGAGAGGAUAUCAAGAGGGACAGAAUCAGGAGGAUUUGAAGAGGGCCAGUCCGGGGAGUAUCAGAAGUGAGAUUGACAGCGACGGCGCGGACGAUCGCCCACACGAGUCUCUAAGUCCACAAUCGGAGCAGAUUUCAAACACAAGCGCAGCACCAGAUCCGAAUAUAAGGAGAUAUAGAACAGCGUUCACAAGAGAACAACUAGCGAGAUUGGAGAAGGAAUUCAUGAAGGAGAACUACGUGUCGCGACCUAGGCGGUGCGAAUUAGCAGCCCAGUUGCAGCUACCAGAAUCCACUAUUAAGGUAUGGUUCCAAAAUCGUCGAAUGAAAGACAAACGUCAACGCAUUGCCGUCGCCUGGCCCUACGCGGCUGUCUACAGCGACCCGGCGUUCGCAGCUUCUAUCCUCCAGGCUGCAGCAUCAUCAGUAGGUUUACCCUAUGGCUACCCAUCCCCGGGGCUACCUUUACCUUUCCACAACCCACAGCUCCUACCCACAGGGUACCCGUACCCAUACCCGCCUUACCCAAGAUACCCGUACAUCCCCCCCACACCUCCAUCCCCUGUCAACGCGGAAACAAGCCUGAGGCCCGCUUAUUCGAAUUUCAAUAUCAAUGUAGAGAAAUAA